GAUCAGAAGAGUCACUCCCGAGGGACAUAGAAGAAUUGGUCGAGUACAAGUGAAGUGCCAUGCAUCACUUUCAAAAACAGAAAUUGAAGUGUUUCACAAAAUCCAGUCACUGAGAAGAGAAGUGAAUCGGCGAACCUCGAUAUAAGAAUUGUAUUGGAGGAGGAAGAUUGUGAGUUAUCAGUCGUGUUGGCAGGAGCUGAGGUACAACUCCCCAGCAGGAUGGUGGCGGGAGGACUGUUGGCCGCCCUGCGGACAAUCACCGUAGAACCUGUCAUGCUCCUCGACGGAGCGUGCAAGGAGGCCAUGCUCCUCUUUAUCGAGAACGUCCAGAUGAACAAGAUAUGCUCCGUCAACUUGGGGCUGUCACCGGAGGUGUGUGCCAACCUGUCAGCCCACCCGGAGCAAAGUGUGCUCGUCCAGCGAGAGUUCUCCCUCUUUGCUUUCUACAACAGCAUCAUCCUGUCGGUGCUGCCUCUCAUAUUCAUGCUCUUCAUGGGCGCCUGGAGUGAUAAAUACGGACGUAAGAUUCCUCUCCUGAUGACGUUGGUGGGUCGUGUGUGGUAUGCCGGGGGUUCCCUGUUGGUCAACUGGCAGACCAGCUGGCCCGUGGAGGUGCUCUACCUGGUGACACUCUUGGAGGCCCUGGGAGGAGCCAACGCCGGCCUCCUCUCCUCCACCAUCAGCUACAUCAGCGAUAUUUGUCAUGAGAAUCAGCGAACAUCACGUAUCAGCACCGCCAACUCCGUGUGGUUUUUGGGAGGUCCUUUGGGAACAUUGAUUGGCGCUCUUAUCAUUAAGUACAGCAGCUAUGACCUGGCUCUGGGCCUCGUGCUGCUCGCCUAUGUCGCCGCCGUCGCUUACGUCGUCGUCUUCAUCAAGGAGAGCCACGGACCCUUCGCUAAGAAGACGCUCCAGGCCCAGAGCUCCAUCAAGGACGAGCCCACCUUGGAGAAGAAGGACACGAAAGUCACCAACAUGUUGACCGACUUCUUCAACUGGCGACGCGUGGUGGAGUCCUUCAAGACGGCGUUCAGGAAGCGUGAGGGUAACGCCCGUUGUCUCCUUAUGGUUGUCAUCAUGGGCAACAUGAUUCGUCGUAUGGCCAGAGGGUUCUUCAUGUACAUGUUUGUGCGUCGCGCCCUGCACUGGGAGGCCACCGACUACGGCUACUGGAUCUCAUACCGCAACCUGCUGGCUGCCCUCG